AUGCACCAACCACCCCCGGCUGACCAGUCCACCUUUGAGUCGCGGGCGCAGUACAACUUGCAGGCCACGGCCGACGACGACGAUGAGGAUGAACACUACGAGUUGGAGAAGAUCCCUCCCCCGAUCCCAGAAAGACCAAACUACCGACCGAAACCGCUACAAUGGCCCUUCAUCGUUUGCGUCAUUGUCAUUCUGACUGUAAUGAUGGCUCUGGUGGUGUACGCUUGUGAGACGAUGCCCAACUCCGACAGCACGGCGACCAUCCUGCCUCGCCACGUCAUACAACCACGACAACAGCCGAGCUCUGGGUCCUCGGUCGCGGAGCCAUCGCCGUCUUCAAAGCCUGAACCGAAGGCGUUUAAUUCUCAAGUCAGCGUCGUUUCUUCCGGCAACGGAGAGCUCUCCACAACGUCGGAGCAGAAGCAGCCUCCAUCCUCAUCAUUGACUCAAGCGCAGCCUGCAUCUAAAGCCAACACGCAGCAGGCUGCUUCGUCCCCGGACUCCGUAGUCAUUCCUAACAAAUCGACGUCGGCAAUCAUUUUAUCGAGCAGCCCUGCUGAGAAAACAGGUACCCCGAUCGCAACGGUAAUAUCGGAGCGAACUUCGGGCGCAUCUUCUUCUCGGCCGUCAAUUACAAGCAAGGUAGAUGAGAAAACAUCAUAUACAAGUACCGGGGUAACGAGCCAGGCUUCAAUACCCAUUCCAUCUUCGGAGGGGUCAGAGAAACCGUCUUCGAGCGUUAUCAAUGGCUCGGAUGCUUCGACCCAGUCCCUCAUCACCGCCUCAGAGUCAGAGGAUGUGAGGCAAAUGAAGGGCUCCUCAGCAUCUAUAUCCACAGUGUCCGGGGCGAGGAGUGCUGUGGUGUCCCCACCAGGCCUGACAGACCAGCGCAAGGCGCCGGGUACUGGAACUACCACCUUGUCCACAACUUCGACCCUGUCAUCUACAUCUAUGAGCACCACGCGGAAGCCCACCAGCAGCGAUGAGGUGAUGUUGAUAAGCAAGUCGACGUUCACCUCAACUCUGACGAGUAACGGUUCCACGGUCACGUACAGCACCAACUACACAUCAUUCGUGUCCUCGACGUUCACGACCCUCAUCCCAACAACGUUCUCUGACGGGACCGGCACGUAUCCAGCCACCCCAAGCGCAAUCACCCGGACAACAACGAGAACAGAGGUGGGCACCAGCUUCAUGACAACCAUGAGCUUGCCUAUGACCACAACCCGAGUCAUUCCUAUCAGCGAUGGUCCUGCAGGCUCCUCCCUGACAACCACCCAAAUGACGACCCGCAUGGUAACCUCGGCCGUCGUGGUAACUCCAGGAACCGUCAUCGAGGUAACGACCGAGUUUCCAGAGCAGACUCCGGGUGGUGAUGAGGAUGUGCCACUAUCGACAGGCUUCUAUACAUCUGUCGUUGUCACUGCCAUACCAACCACCAUCGCUACCAUAGCCACAUCGACAGGGCCUGCCGUGGUGUAUGUGUCAGUCGGGACCACGGAGAUAACAAUAGUGUCCACCAUCAGUAGAGACUCCGGGGAACAGCAGAACGCUAACCCGACUCCAGUCACCCAUGUCAUCACCAGCGUCUUCGACCAAAAGAUCGUGACAGUUGUUGAGACUGGUGCACCCCAAAGGCUCGUAGUCACCGACGGAGGUGUUUUUACUGCGGUGUUCACCCCUCCACCAGUGACUGUUGUGACGAGAAACGGCGGGCAGGAAGCUGAAAUGGUCAUCACAGUGACCCCGUCCCUGGACGUAGCGUUAGUCGCUGUCCCUACCAUCAUUUCGGGGAAAACCACACUCCUGGCGGUUGAAUCUACGAUUGGGGCAUUCAGACCAGUAUCGCUCACCCUCGUUUCUCAAGUGGGCGGCAGCACCAGCGUCUUUACGACUACCGAUCCGCCGGAGACUGUCAGAACCGUGAUCGACGGGAAGGAAACCACGAUAGUGCGAACACCGGCCCCAAGGGAGUACACUUCGGUCGUUGGGGGGACGCCGACAACGGUUGAGGUCAUCACCACGCCCACAGGCACCAUGCCGAUGUUAUUUACUGUCAUAACAACUAUCGGUGGAAGCGUGAGCACCAUCGUAUCGACUCCGGUGCCGAUAACUUUGGUUACGUCGAUCUCGGGCAAGCUUAGCACAAUCACCUCAACACCCCGCCCAACUACCCGCCUGUCAACGAUAAUGGCAUCGACAGUGACAUUCACUUCUGUCUCUAGCCCAACAAUAACAGGCUCUGCCGAAAAUAUCAUCACUAAAGUCGAGCGUGUUGGUUUCACUGGCGGAGACUACUUUGUCGGAAAGUUUCUUCCGGUUAUCCUAGCCGUCACGAUUACCAUUCCACUGCGGAUCAUCGAUCUCAACGCGAAGCUAUACCAACCCUUCUUUGCAAUGGCGCAGGAGGGGGGCGCGUUGGGAAAAAACAGUCUUACUCUCCAGUUUGAUGGAUGGGAGGGCUUUUUGACACCGUUCAAGGUCCUUAUGCAGGGGCAUCCGGUACCGUUCAUCACGACAUUGAUGUUGUGGUCAUCGGCCUUGCUGGUACCAUUGGCUACCGAAGCAAUCGGCAUGAAGCUUCACGGGACGUGCAAAAUCACCGCCAUUGAAGGCUGUGGCAUCCGGCUCGGCGUAUCCACGUUAUCUGCUCACGCACUCGUCGCCAUGAUUGUGUUCAUCAUCGCCCUACUCCUUGUGCUCCUCUAUUUGCUACGCAACUGGGAGACAGGCCUCCACGCGAACCCCUGGAGUAUUGCAGGGGUAUCGUCACUAGCUAGGAACGCCAGCAUCCGGUCACAGAUAAUCGACUUCAAGGCCAGCGAAAAGGCCAUGACGGAGAAAAGAUACAUGCUUGGCUACUUCGAGAACGGCCAGGGCAAGGACGAGUACGGUAUCAUUUACUACGAUGACUCCUCUCAGAACUUGCAGGCAGCUGGGUCCGGUGCACUGCCCAACGACGACGAGCUAGACGGAAUAAAUCAGCGCAACGUUGGAAACAAGCUCCACAAGCCUGUUCCGUUCAUCGCGCUGACGUACUGGUGGCGAUUGGGCUUCAUCUUUUUCCUUGCUUCACUGUUCAUCUUGGUCGUGUAUUAUCACGUUACACUCCAGGUUCGAAGUUCCUUUCAAGAAGCAACGGACAGUCAGUCUUGGGGUGUCCGAUUCUUCCUCUCGGCAUUAGGAGUCAUUAUAGUCUUUUGCUGGGAAUCCAUCUUCGUCAGCAUCGCCAUCAUCAGUCCAUACUACCACAUGGAGCGCCAGUCGCAGCAGCCUGAGUCAUCGAUACUCCUGACCCGACCUACAAACAGCUUUUACGGAAUCUACGCUGCUAUCCUCGAAGGCAAUGUUGUCCUUAUGCUUGCGGCGUUCAUGGCAAUCUUAGCAGAGUUUCUUCCUAUUCUACUCACCAACAUUCCGUACAAUCUUACACAGACACUUGCCACCCAUAACAUGUGUGCCGUCGCUAGCAUCUCGAUCCUGGCGCUUAUGCUGGCGACACUUGUGGCCAGUCUGUUUACCAAGUGGCCUGACAUGCCAGUUGACCCUCGUAGCAUCGCGGGCGCCAUGUACUACAUCAAUGAAAGCAGGAUGUUGGAGGACUUCGAGGGUCUAUCGAAAUUGAGUUCCGAUGACAGGGAGAAGAAGGUCAAAGAACUGGGCAGGAGAUACUUCUAUGGCGCCAUUAGCGGGAAGGAUGGGAGGCGCAUGGCUGUUGAUUCGAUUGAGAGUGUUGAAUGUACGGCAUAUACUGGUGGAACCAAGAGGAGGUUCAUCACGAGUAUGAUGACGAGGAACGUUCAUCUGAACAUGAAUUGGGGAGCCAUGAGGCGGAUCACGACACUGGGCAUGAACGGGCGCAAAGGAUGA